GCGACUCCCGCCGUCUGCCCGGCCCCCGAGCUGACGCAGGCUCAGGCGGGGCCUGAGGCGGACUCGCUCGGCGCCCUCGCGGCGGCGGUCCCUGGCGUGCUGGUGGCGCGCAGCUGGAGGCGUACCGCGCCUUGCGAGGCUGCUGUGGCCGAAUGCCCAAGGCUGCGGAGGCCGCGAUCGGAGGGCGUGAUGGCGCUGCCCCCGCGAGACACGGGGCUGGAGUGGUGGAGGCAGCUUCUGCCGGGCCAGCGGCUCAGCGUAAGAUGCAGUGACGAUCAGGUGAAGCAUGAGCGUGUGCUCCUCCACCCGAGCUUGCCGCCGGGCGCCCGGGCCGCAUGGGCGCCUGACGGCGCCGAGUACGAGGAGGACUACACCGGCGUGAGCCCGCGGGCGGGGUCCGAGGGCGCGGCCCGGAUGCCAGCAGGUGGAGGCGCGCCCGAGGGCUGGCCGCGGCCGGUCUACCGCUGUCGGGCGGCCCUCUCGGAGGAGGAGCUCAAGGCGGCGAUCAUGCGCGGCCGCGCGCUGGUGGAGGAGCGUCUGCCGGACCUCGCGCCCGGGCCGCCUGCUGAGGUAGCGGGCCCGGGCGACAGGCUGGUGGAGUGGGCGGACUUCUUCGGCGAGGCGAGGCGGCCAGCGUUGGAGGUCGAUUACGACGCGCGGGGGGAGAAGCACAAGCCCAUCAGGACCGCCUGCCGAGAGGGCCCGCAGGAGGCCUUCCCCGACCAGCCCAGCGAGGGGCCUGUAUCGGCCUUGUCGGUAUGCAAGAACAUGGAGCGCACGAACGGCGACCCCAGGUCCUGGCGGAGGGACUUCCUGAGGUCCAGGGGCGUCGGCGACAAUGACAGAGUGACGCAUGAGAUGCAUGUUCUCUGCGACAUCCUCUUCUGGGCCGCGGUCUACGACCAGGUGAAUCUAGGCGACCCGAUGUGCCUGGAGACGGCGGCCAGGAGGAUCGCGGGGCUGGUGGAGGUGUACUCCGAUCCAGCCAAGCCUGUGUGGGGCCGCGCCCGCCUGUACACUGGUGCUGCGUCCUCGGAUGGCAACGCGGAUCAGGCCUUGCUGCAGUUCGCCACCAGGAGGAUCAAGGAGCAGCGGGAGGCCCAGGCGGUGCUCUCGUAUGACAAGGGCCCGCGGCGCACCGAGGGCGACGGCACCACCGACGACGGCGGCAAGGGUCGGCUGGGGCGCCCGCCAUCGAAGAACACGAAGGGAGGGGUGACGCGGGGUCGGCUUGCCGCCUCGCGCAGUGCCAGGGAGCUGUUUCCGCUGCCGCGCUGGCGCCUGCCUGAGCUGCCUGUGGCCGACUCCGUUCGGAGCAUGGCCCUGCGGCGGCGCGAGAGGCUGGUGUUCAAGAUGGGUAACGAGGCGGUGGAUGCUCUGAACUGGCUUGCUGGUUGUCGGGGUGGACCGGCCUACUUCGAUCCCGACCCGAUGCAGCUUGAAGUUUUGGAGCGGAUCUGCGAGUUAGCCUCGCGGCGGUACCCAGGUCGUGAUGCUCUCAGUGAACGCGCGGCCGUCCGCCGGCUGCUGCGCGGGCAUGCACCGUACGAUGGGGCGGGAUGCCUCACCCGUGUCGCGCCUUUCAGAAAGGGCCUUGUUUCGUUGCCCGAGACAGUGGAGGGCUGCCCGCCGUUUGAGGACGUGGCCCCUCCAGAGGUCCAGAGAUUCCUGAAGGAGCAUCCCGAGCGCAUGCUGCGCGCUGACAGUCCCUCUUCUACCGUGACGCCUUACUUCUACCCCGCGCUGAAGCGCAGCGUGAAGACCUACAGGCAGUUCAUCAGCGACCUGCGCCGACGCGGCUUGGUCGGCUGGACCAUGUGCCCGCGUUGCCAGGUCGGCCUCUUCGUUGUCGAGAAGGACGGAGGUCAGCGGCUCAGGCUCAUCCUUGACGCCAGGCCCGCGAACCUUCUAUUCGAGCCGCCGCCGGGCGUCAGCCUCUUGAGCGUGGAGGGCCUCAGCCGUGUCGAGAUCGCCCUGCCAGAUGGCCUGGGCCCCUGGGGCGAGGAGGCGGAGCGGCUCCUCGGCAGCUGCUCUUUGCUCGUGGGCCUGGCCGACGUGAAGGACUGCUUCCACAGGUUGCGACUUCCUGGAUGGCUCUCCGAGUACUUCCGGCUACCCGUCGUGCCAGCGAACUUGCUUGGCGCGGAGGGCCAGAUCUGGGAAGGCAGGACACUGGAGGGGCACGAUCUGGUGAGUCCGUGCUGGGCCGUCUUCCCAAUGGGUUUCACGUGGAGCUUGUGGGCUGCCCAGCGGAUCAACGAGUACCUGGCGAGUUCCAUCUGCCCGCAGCUGCGCGAGAGCCCCCUUGCUGACCGUGGCAGGCCCCCCGUCUUCGGUCCCAGCGUCCCCAAGGGCCACGUCUCGCACUACGUGUACGUCGACAACCUGGGGGUGGCCUCCACCGACGAGCCCAUCGUCACCGAUGCGAUCGCGCAGCUGGUUGAGGGCUUCGACCAGCGCGGCCUCCUCCUCCACGGCAGCUCCGUGGGCACCGAGGUCGAGACGCUGGGCACCGAGGUUUCGGGGGCCCUCUGGAGGAGGAGAGUGGCGCAGAAGCGGUUCUGGCUCAUUCGACAGGCCCUGAACGGCCUCCUGCGACGCCGCCGCCUCACAGGCUGGGCGGUCGAGGUCCUGGUGGGCCACUGCGCGUUUGCGGGAUUGCUGAGCAGGGGUGCGUUGAGCGUAUUCCAUACGGGCUAUGCUUUCAUGCGGAAGUCAUGCGCCGAACCUAGUAUGCUGUGGCUCGAAGCCCGCCAGGAGCUCGAGACGUUCCGAGGCCUCCUCGUCUUCUUAGAGAGUGGCUGGACGCUGCAGUGGAACGAUUUGGUGGUGGCGACCGACAGCAGCUUGGAGGCAGGAGCUGUCUCGACCACCCGGUGGCCCCGAUCGCUGGUGGCCGAGGUGGGCCGCGUGCAGGAACGCGCCCGCUUCCGGGAGCCCGCGGCGGUCGAAACCGACGGUUCUGCCGGGGCAGCUCCUGCUGCCCGCCGCGGUGCGCGAGAGGCGGCGCUGGAGGCGGCUGGCUUCUGGCGCGACGCCGAUGGCGAGUGGCGGCUGGCCGAGGGCGCGAUCGACGACGACGAGCAGGCCGCUGCGUGGGAGGCAGACCCGUCCUUCCCCGAGGUGCCCGCCGCGGGCCUGGCGAGUAGCCGCUGGCGCACCGAUCAGGUGCAGCGCUGGCGAUUCGAGGAGGGCAUCCUUAUCAAGGAGGCCCGAGCACUGGUGAUGGGCGUCCGUCGCAUCGCCCAGUCUGUGUUCGGUGCCGCCUGCCGUCAGCUGAUUCUGUCGGAUAACAUGUCAGUUGUACUGUCUUUUAGCAGGAGUCGUGCUGAAGAGUUUGCUCUCCUCGUCCAGGUCCGCAGGUUUCAAGCCUACUGCCUCGCAAGGAAUCUGAAGGUGUCUGUGAGGACGGCGGCGGGGCGCCCCGCCGCCGCCGCCUGGGACUCCAGCGCGGCGGCCGCGUCUGCUGGAGAGGGCCGCGUCGGCCGAGCCUGCCGCGCCGACCUCCCGACAGCUGGUGGCGCGAGACUCCUGCCGAGACUCACCGCGGCCCAGAGAGCGCAGGACUGGCAGACCAGGUUGAGCUUGGUCGAGCUGUCGCCAGCGCCCAAACUGCCCGGGCACGGGCGCGACCUCCAAGCCCUCCCCCAGGAUUGGUCGCGCCCGAUCGUGGCCGGCAACGACGACGGCAGCAGCACCUCCGACGAUCAGCAGGUCGUGCCAGCCGGCGAGAGGCGCGAGAGGGGGCCGCUGAAACAGGCAGCUCGGAGGCGACGGGCUUGCGGCGCGGAGGCGUCGCAGGACAGCGCGGCGGUGGAGGGCCAGACGUUCUUGGAGAGGCGGUCGGUGUUCGGACCUGCGAGGAACCGCUACACUCGAGAGCUGGAGGCCUCCCCGGAUUAUUGCGACCAGGGCCCGCCGCGGGCCUUGACCAUGGCCUCAGAAAUGGACGAGGCGAUGGUCGACUACAUGAACCAUCUGUCCUUCGAAGGCCCCGAGAGCGCCAAGGGCGAUCAAUUCUCGAAGCAGGGCAAGGCCAAGACACCUCGGGCCUGGAGGUGCCUCCAAGGAUGGCGCAGGCUGGCGCCCGGGCGGAGCCGCCGCGCAUGGCCGUUGGCCCUCAGGUGCGGGCUCGCCUGGCGCAUGGUGGUGCGAAACGCGCUGCAGAUGGCGGUGUUCUUGCUCGCGAUGGUCUCCGGCUACUUCAGGCCCAGUCAUCGGCUGACGCUGGCGAGAGGCAACAUCAUCGCGCCUGCGAUGGGAGUGUGCCUUUGGUGGUCGCUGCUGCUGUUUCUAGACGACAAGCCCCAGAGAAGCAGGACAGAACUGUCGGACGUCGGGGUGAUGUUGGACAGCGGAUGUUUUCAGUGUGCCAUGCCUAUCUUCCGAGAGGUCGCCCGAGGGGAUCCCGAAGAAGAGGUGUGGGCGUUCAGUUACCCUCAGUUUUCGGCAGUGUUGAAGAAAGCGUUGAUCGACUUGCAGAUUCGAGAGCACAUUGUCCCUGAUCAAACCAGACACUCAGGGCCCAGUAUGGACAACGCUCGACGGUACAGAACGAUCGAGGAGAUGCAAAAAAGAGGGCAGUGGAAGCAUGCCAAGUCGAUGCAACGUUACGAGAAGACGGCGAGGUUGGGUCAGAGCUGGCCUCUCCUGCCGCCCCAGCCGCAAGGUAUUUUGACACAGUGCGAGCUACAUCUAGAGGACAUACUGCUCGGAAAAGGUGCAGAGACAAUUACCCUGUAA